AUGUCCGCGCUGGACUUCGGCAAAGGUUUACCACAUGAUUGCUACAAGUUCGCGGUCAAGAUUGCCAGCAACGGAGCUCUUGAACAAUUGCCGCCGUUGCUGGUUCCGUCGUGCCGGUUCUACCGCAGGGUGGGGUACGACCGCUUCUUGUUCGCACAGCUUGAACAUAAGCGUGAUCGUGUGAUCGUCGUACCAUCGAGCCGAUGGUCAGAAUUUUUUAGCUGCUUGGAUGAGAGCAAUCAAAGGUUAAUACACGAUUUCCACAGUCAUGAUCUCUGUGCUUGUUCGGUACUUCUACGGCCUGGUUGGCUCGUAGAUCGUUGGCAGCUAGUUGGACGUCACCCACAGCCGAAACCCUUGCCAUAUUCCGUAGACUCGAACGCCAUACAUGUGCAUUUGAGUUUGAAAGGUUGUGACGCCCAUCCGUUCAAGCCUUUCAGGCUACUUGGACGACGGUACGAGCUCUUGACGUGCUGGAACCGCGGCGGGUCCAGCGAUUAUCGUCAAGGCGUUGGCAGCGCGAUCUCAGAUAUUGAGGCCGUGUUCUUCGCGACCAUUGGGAAGGAUCUAGAUGCCCCUAUCAAGGUGGGUGAAGUGCGUGAUUGGCAUUUCCCUCUGGAGCCGGCUUGCAGAGAGGGGGUCGCCUGGGCAAAGUACAAGGACAGGUUCAGGCUGGGCUUCAGCGGCACGCUCGCUGUCUGCGGCCUGCGGCCCGAGGAGGAGGCUCUCAUUGUGCCCGACAUGCAGUCGAAUGCUGGAGAGUGCCUGUCCGACGGCUGGGGCGAGGUUCGGGUCGGUAUACCGUUUCGUGCCCGCUGA